GUGUCCUUGGCUGGCAGGAUAUAAAAAUCAGACGGCCGGUCAAAGCGACAGAAGAGGAGAGAGCAACGGCUAAAAACCUCCAUCCAGCGGCCGAGUGACGAGAAAACACCAGCAAUAAGAGGACGAAGAGGUGCAGAAAAGUGGAGGAUGUGUCCUGUGUGGCUUUUGGUGGCAUUAGUGGUAGUGGGCGGGGCCAGAGAAGCAGUCAGCCAGUGCUGGGAGCAUCCGAGCUGCCAGGAGCUCAGCUCUGAGAGCAACAUGAUGGAGUGCAUCCAGCUCUGUCACUCUGACCUCACCGCCGAGACCCCCAUCAUCCCCGGCAACGCCCACCUCCAGCCCGCUGUCCCAUCAGACGCCUCCUCACCUUCUUCUCAGGCCAAGCGCUCCUACUCAAUGGAGCACUUCCGCUGGGGGAAGCCCGUUGGCCGAAAACGCCGCCCUGUCAAAGUGUACACCUCCAACGGCGUGGCGGAGGAGUCUGCUGAAGUUUUCCCCGAAGAGAUGAGGAGACGAGAGCUUACCAAUGAGCUGCUGGCAGAGGAAGGAGAGAAGGCUCAGGAGAUGGUCGAGGGGGCGGAGGAGGAGCAGCAGCUCCUGAACGGGGUGCAGGAGAAGAAAGACGGCUCGUAUAAGAUGAAGCACUUCCGCUGGAGCGGCCCGCCAGCCAGCAAACGCUACGGCGGCUUCAUGAAGAGCUGGGACGAGCGCAGCCAGAGGCCUCUGCUGACGCUCUUCAAGAACGUCAUCAACAAAGAAGGACAGCAGCAAAAGUGAGGCCAGAUGAGAAGAGGAUGAGGAAGCGGAGAGAGGAGUGACAGGAGGAGGAAACGUUUUCCAAGGCAAUCAGGCACCAAAGAGUUCCCAUUAACAGAGUGACCAAUAAAAAAGCUCUGAAACUGCCA